AUGAAAAAUGAUAAAACCGUCAAUCCUCCGUUGACAUCGAUUGAACCAAUGAAGAAUUUAUUUACAAAUGAUGAAAUAAAUCAAACCAAUAUAACAUUAGAUAGUAUCACCACUGUUCGCUGUGAAGUUUGUGCUCGUUUACCUAAUAUAUCAUCUCAAAUUCGUUCAUUAAUAUUCUUCAAUCAAUGUGAUCCUGUUAUGGAUUUCAAGGUCACUCGUUUCUUUUCGAAAUUAGAUACAACCAAUGGUACACUAUCAAAAUUACACUCAAUAACUCUACAUCCGAUUAAUUUUGAAACAUGGCGUUUAAUCAAUGAUCGACUAACAUUAUUACCUUCGCUUUUGUCGUUAUCGAUCAAUUCAAUUAAUUUGAACGAUGUUUUAGAUAUAUCGAUCGUAUCGAAAUUACUGAAUGAUCUAUUAUGCAAUUCUGCAACAUUGAAACGUCUUGCUGUGGAAAUCUUUUCUCUGCAUAAUCGUACUUUUAUUGUCGAUCUACGUCCGACAGCAAUGAAAUCAUUGAUCGAGCAUCUAACUCUACACGGUUUUCAAGUAGAACUAAAAUCUCUGCUAAAAAUAACACCGAAAUUAAAAACAUUAAAUAUUCAAUCGAAAGCACAUCGAUUUAUACCAGCCAUUUAUCUACAUGCACCUCAUACUAUGCGUAAUUUAACUAUCAAAGUGCAUGGUAUUACAUUCGAUGAAAUUGAAUAUUUGCUACAUUCAAUGACACAACUGACUCAUUUUACUAUUAUUGCUGAUUAUGUGGGAUAUGAUAUGAUUGAUGAAAGUAUGUUUAAACAAUCACCUAUUGAUCUUACAUCGUUUCGUACUUCGUUCUGGCUCGAAGAAAAACAUUGAUUGAUUCUUACUGUCUAUAUAACAAUGUUCGAUAUUGAAGAGCAAAAAGAGAAUCUUCUGGAAUCAGAUGCAACGACAUCGAUCAAAAGAUCUCAUCCAAUAUGGAUACAAUUGCGUCGAUAUACACGACAAUUUGUUGUUUUUAUUGGAUUCUAUCUUAUUCAAAUUUAUAAAUUUUUACGUGAUGCUUCUCGUGAUAUAUUACAUUCACGUUCAAGAUCAGUUUCAGUAGUACCACAAAGAGAAUAUACUCAACUUUCAACCUAUGCCAACAAUGAAACGGAUACCGAAAUCGAAACACAAGCUCAAGAUUCUGUUGAACCACCAUUGACAGACAGAAAUGAAAAUUUACAAGAAUCGAUAGAUACACAAUACAUACCAGAUGUGAACAUUGAUUCACUCGUCGAAAUCCCGAUUGCCAAUGGCAAUACCUCAAUAGCACUGGUCUCCAUAACUACUGUAUCUUCUCCUUCAUCAGCCUUCAAUUCUCCUACUGCAUCACAUCCGUUUAUCACAAGAAAUCCUAUGCAAAUCGCUCUAUCUUAUAAUAGCGAAACAAAUGAUCGAAUCAAAGAGAUUAGUCAAUUGAUUCAUGAUAGUCUUACUACUCCAGAUUGUCCACAUCCAGUUUUUUAUGCUCCAAAUUUUGAAGAUGAAUUAGCCGUACGUAAUGGAGAUAAAGUUUUAGAAAGAAUUUAUAGACGAGCUGCUCUUGUUGUCGUCUUUCUUUCAACGAACUAUCAUAAUUCUCAGUUUUGUUAUGAUGAAUGGCGAACAAUUAAAUCUCGAUUUUUUGUUGGUUGUAACGAUGCAGAAGAUGAACGAUUACUUCUUGUUAAAUUGAGUGAUUUUAAUGCCGAUGAAUUAAGUAUUCAUCCAACUGAUUUCUAUAUCGAUGGAACAGAUAAGACCGAUCAAAGAUUGGCUGAAUUAAUCGUUCGACGAUGGCACAAAGUCGCACAGUUAUCCAAGUGA